AUAUUAUAAGAAGAAGGAACUUUAAUAUAUUUUCUAACAGGAAUGUUCUUUGGAGUAUAUAAAAUAGUUUGGGGAUCUAGAGUUUUAUAUUUGUGGAGACGUGAAGAAAACAUAUUCGCAUCAAUAUUUGGAUAAAUGGAAUAAAAGAAAGAUUCAUCAGAUAAAAAAGUCGAUGAUGAAGAAAGACCAGGAUUCGAUGGUGUAUAUACAAGAUCUUUAAUAAAUGAUAAUCUAAAUAGUGUUUAAUAUCCAAAAAUUAAAAGAAUAAUAAAAAUGUUUUUUACAUUUACAGCUUGUUUUUUAAUACUUGGAUUAUAUUUCGCUGCUAUUAUAGGUCUUUUUUUUUUACAAGAUAUUUAGAUUAUUCAACUGAUUUUCCAAAAUGGUCUUAAGGAUUUUAAUUAUAACUUUGAAGAAUAUGAAACUAAUUAUAUAAUAAAGAAGUUCAUGUUUAGUUUUAUUUCAUUGACAGGACCUAUAUUUCUUAUUUCAUUUUUAAAUUAAUAAAUUGGAUUAUAAUGCUCUUUUUCUGGAAAUUGUUUUAAACAUGCAUAAUAUUAUUUUGACGAGGAAUUGAAUUAAAAUCCUUAUUCUAGAAUAAAUUAAUACAUAGAAUAUGAAUCUUUAAAGGAACCAUAUUCUGUAUCUGCUGAUAUAUAUGGAACCGUAAAUGAAUAUUAAGAAAUUUGUAUUUAAUUUUCUUUAUUGUCUAUUUUUGGAAUCGUAUUCCCUAUAGGAUUUAUAAUUGCAUUUAUUUGGAAUGUAAUGGAAUUACAAACUGAUAAAAGUAAACUUAUGAAAUAUAAAUAAAGACCAAUUCCUUUAAAAGAAUUCUCUUUAGGUAGUUGGAUGAAUGUAUUAGAACUUUGUUCUUAUCUUUCUAUUAUGUCAAAUAGUGGCUUAAUUACUUAUUUAUCUUUAGUUAUUGGUAUUUUAUUUUUAAAAAAAAAUUAUUUUUAUUUAUAUUUUUAGAGGAUGAUCUUCCACUUUCAGCUUUAUCAACUUUUCUAAUUUUAAUUAUAUUUAAUUUUGUUAUUAAAUUUUUUUAAACUGCUGGUAUUUUUUAUUAAUUUAUAAGUUUUUUUUUUUUAAUAUCUUUUUUUUUUUUUUAACUUAAGUUUUUGGUGA